AUGGAUAAUUAAGAGAGACCAAUAAAGCUUGGAAUUGUUGGAAAUUAAGGAGCAGGCAAAACAUCCUUAAUAUUGAGAGUUGCAGAGAAUAAAUUUUAUGCAAAUCUAAAUUGUGGAGUAGCUGUAGAUUUUAGAACUAUAAAAAAUUUUAAAAUAAAUGGAAAAUCUGUUAAUCUUAAUAUUUUCGAUAUAGCUGGCUUAGCUAGAAAUUCUGAUUUAGCAAUUUCAUUUAUAAAAGAUGCUUCUGCAAUAGUUCUAGCAUUUAGUUUACCAGAAUAAGCAUAUUAUUAAAAUUAAGAAAAUGAAUAUCAAGAGAAACUUGAAACAUAAAUUUAACAUUGGAUUAGUAAAAUAUUUGAUAAUUCUGAUAUAAACACUCCUGUAUUUAUUGUAGGAUGUAAACUUGAUAAAAUUGAAGAUCCAGAAUAAUUAAUACUAGCCAUUAAUGAAAGUUUAUAAGAUAUCCUCAAACAAUGUUAAAAAAUAAACAUAAUAGAAAAUAAAUCAAAAAAAUUGAUUUUCUUUCCUACUUCUUCAGCUACAGGUGCAGGAAUUGAUGAAUUAUUUUAAAAUUGGGUUUUAGAAGCUUCUAAAAUACAAAAAUAUAAUGGAUCCGCUUUAUCAGUGAAUUCUCUAACAAAGGUUGUAAAAAAAAAUGAAUAAUGUUGUUGA